AACUUAACCUAACAAAAUUUUAUCUGUCAGAAUCAGAAAAGAGUUUCUCGGUGGGGCUUCUUGGUUUUGGGGCCGUUUUUCUACACUUUUGAGGCAAAUUUCAACAAACCCCAGGUGAAAAACCGACUAUUGGCAGCUUAAACCAACCAAAAUCAAGUAAAAAAUGGGUCACGGUUUCGGGCAUUUAUGGAAAUUCCGGGGCAUCAUCACUUACAGGCUGUCCCCGUUUGAAUUGAAACCUUUCGCAGGUGCUAUUUCCCAUGGUUUUCCCAAUACUGCACGUAGAAUACUCGAGAGUAUACCCUAUUCCGUACCACCACUAGCCAUAGGCUACCUUGUCUAUGACUGGGUAGAGACCGAGCACCACAGGCUCAUGAAAAAGAAUCCUGCAGAUUUUGCCAAUGAUAAAUGAAUACUUUGAUUUUUAUUUAAGUAUACACCUUUAGCUAUUCCUAGUACAAUAAAAUAAUUAAAAAUGA